UCUAUUCCCUUCGCUCCCAACUCCCUCGGGUGUUUUAAUCCUCCAUUUUCCGACUAUCAUGGCAACAACAUUGGCUGACCAAAAACGUCCUCAUUUACAGCCCGUGUGUCAAAAUUGCGGGACGUCCACCACACCUCUCUGGCGCAGAGAUGAACUCGGCUCCGUCCUCUGUAACGCCUGUGGGCUCUUCCUGAAACUCCACGGGAGACCUCGCCCGAUAAGCUUGAAAACCGACGUGAUCAAGAGCCGCAACAGGGUCAAGACCGCUGGGCAAGGCCCCAAACGCAAGUCUGGUGGUACCGCUGACGCAAAUGGACUCGCGACAACGCGAUCGGAAGCCGGCACGCCCCCGCUGGGCGGCCAUGGCUACCGUCGCGCGUCGCGAAAGAUGUCCCCGGGCCAUUCCGAUCGCUCGAACUCGCCGGUGUCGCGAACGGACACACCUGGAAUCCCACCCAUGCACCAACCACAACCGCAACACAACUCCAACAUUGCCCCGCAACACAUGUUUGACAGCGUGACCCUGGGGGACCAUGCCAUCAAUCCGUCGAAUGGCCUUCAUCCCGGUCAAUUGCGCCAGCCCUCGCCGACGGCCACAUCCGCUGUCGCGGAUCGCCAAGGCGACUCGCCGCAGACAUACGAGGGGCUCCUCGCGGCCAACGCGUCGCUCAAGACCCGUGUGAGCGAACUGGAGUUGAUCAAUGGUCUCUUCAGGGGGCGGGUCGCGGAGCUGGAGCAGAGCGAUGCCACCGCGCGUCGCUCCGAGAUGAUCGUUCGCGAUUCGGAAGUCCGUCUCCGUCGGUCACUCGAGGAGGCACAACAUCGGGAGGAGGAUCUGAAGCGGCGUGUGGGCGAACUUGAGCGGCAGGUUUCCGACCAAAGCGGGCUGGGUAGUUCGGUGGGCACUGAUAGCCCAGGGGAACCUAUGGCGAAGCGGAUGAGAAUGAGCGAUGCGGCCUCCAGCGAUCAACGGUAAUGCCGCGCCACUCGUGUCUUUUCUGAUUAUCGCAACCAAAAGGGACCCCUCGAGAAAAGACGGAAUUGAAAAGAAAAAGGAAAAAAAAAUAUCUUCAACAUUGCCCCCGACUUGCUGAACUCCUCGAUCUUCCUUGGUUCUUUUGAUACCCAUCGCAUUUCUUGUCAUUCGGCUGGAUGCAAAUUCGGAUUAAAUUAAUGUCUCCCCGGUCUUUGUUUCUUUAUUCUCCAUCUCUAUCCAUUCUUAUAUUCAGGGUGCUCGAAUCAUCGAGCCCUACCUCUAAUUACGACAUGGGACCGAGGGGAUCACGUGGAGGCAGCAAUACACGGAGCAACGAAAUCUACGAAAAUGGGGUUACGGCGGCG